AUGUUUGCCAAAUUAACCCUCAUCUUAAACGUCGCUAUCCUUCUCUUGGAAUCGUCCACUGUAUUGUCAAUUCCAAUCAUUAUUACUCCAACCCAUUUCGAGAAACGUGCAGUCACACCAUGUUUCCUAGGUCCGGAAGCUGAGAAGCUUGAGAAAAUUUUCUUCGUCGACAACAAUUUUGCUGCAUCAAAUUCACACGGAAUCUUUGGCCCAUCUAGCGUUGCUGAUUCCGCAAAAAAGGCUCUGGUUUUUGCUAAUGAUAACGCUUUCAUUAAACGUGCUAUUGGAGUUCCUGGUUUCGGUCCGGAAGCUGAAAAACUUGAGAAAAUUCUCUUCGUCGAUAACGCUUUUGGUGCAUCAAAUUCACAUGGAAUCCACGGCCCAUCUAGCGUUGCUGAUUCCGCGAAAAAGGCUCUAGUUUUUGCUAAUGAUAACGCUUUCAUUAAACGCGAUCCUUCAGUUACACAUCAUCCUCUUACUUUCCUUGGUCCAGACGCUGAAAAAGUCGAGAAAAUUUUCUUCGCCGAUAACGUUUUUGGUGCAUCGUCAAACGGAAUCUUUGGACCAACUAGUGUUGCUGAUUCCGCGAAAAAGGCUUUGGUUUUUGCUAAUGAUAAUGCUUUCAUUAAACGCGAUCCUUCAAUUAUGCAUCAUCCUCUUAGUUUUCUUGGUCCAGAAGCUGAAAAACUUGAGAAAAUCAUUUUCGCCGAUAACAACUUUGCUGCAUCGUCAAACGGAAUCUUCGGACCAACUAGUGUUGCCGAUUCCGCAAAAAAGGCUAAGGUUGUUGCUUUUGAUGACGCUUUUAUUUAG